AAUGAUAUAGUGACGUCACUGUCAGUGUGUAUUCAGAAGCAGUGCCCGACAUUAGUCGAAGAGGAAUCAUCUAACUUGGAUUGCUAAGAUUCUUCAAAAUGGGACCUAAUAACGGCCCAUUGGUGCUUAUAGUUGUGUUAGCUACACUGAAGGUCAGUUUUGGGUACAUAGAGGCUUUGGCUGCCAAUGUUGAUGCCGUCUCUCAAAACACAAAGGAGAAGCUGACUCACAUGGUGGCAUACUCAUGCGACCAGAAAGAUGCCCCACUGAUGUACAAACGCGCAGAUCAGAAGUGGGAGGCAGCCGUCACGACACGGACUUCAACUUGUCUCGACAAUCUACAAAGCAUCUUUGAUUACUGUAAAGAGGUGUAUACGGAUGCUGAUGUGACCAAUAUUGUCCCUGUUGAGAAUGUUGAAAUCACAUGGCCAGACAAGUUUGGACAUCUACACACUGACCGCAACUUCCAGGUGUACAGCUGUCUCACGGGAAUCUUCACGAGUGCGGCCCUGCUGGUACCCCAGGGUUGUGAGUUCCAACACUUGAAGUACAAUGAGUGCGCUGCCUACACUUUCUGGAAGGAAAAUGCCAACAUGACCUGUCGGGACAAGAGCAUGUACAUGCAGGACUUCUCCAUGUUGCUCCCCUGCGAUGUCGGCAUGUACGCCGGUGUGGAAUACGUCUGUUGCAAACCCGCACACACAGAAACGCCUAUUGACCAUCCAGGAGUGGUCAGCCUGCCAAAGGAGGACAAAGCUAAGACCAUCAUUGUGGACAAGGACGCCAACGUGGACGACGCCUACCAGGCCUACCUCCGUAACGAUGAGGAAUACUUGGCCCGAUUCAGAAACGAGCACGAGAGGUUCAAGAACUCAGAACUGGCCCUCAACAAAAGGCACCAGGAUCGCAUCAACAAGAUGAUGAAAGAAUGGGAGGAGGCCAGAGCACAGAUCGCAGAGAUGAAGAAAACUGAUGUUAAGGGUGCUGAGGCUCUCAACGCUGAUGUCAUGAAGAGAUUCCAGCUGCUGUACACCGGCUAUGAACAGGCUGAUGCUGCUGAGAAGAGACAGCUGGUGGCUCUCCACCUCCAGAGGAGGCAGGGCGAGCUCAACAGGAGGAAGAGGGUGAACCUGGAGAAGUACAUGACUGAACUACAAAGGCCCCAUGUUGAUGUCCAGAGAGUAUUCAAGUUCCUGAAGGAGUACAUCAAGGUAGAGGAGAAGGACCGUGCCCACACCCUCAAUCAUUUCGUACACGUUCGUAACACCGACAUUGAGGAAGCCAAGCGUAUCCAGAAAUCCUCAUUGGACCAUCUCAGCGUCCUUGACCAGCGCAUCAACCAGGCCCUCGACAUGCUCAACCACUUCAACAAAAUCAAACUAGAAGUCAGACCUAUGAUCGAUAACUUCCUUCGCGAAUACGAGGGUCUGGCCGAGUCUGCAAGGGAGGUUGUGUCCCGUCCCUUCACACCUGAAGUAGACUCGGAGGAAGAGGGCGACUCAUCUGAGAGCCAGGAGGACCUACCCGCCAUGGAUAACAAUGUAAACCUUGGACCAAUGGACACAGUCAUUCACAAGGUCGCAGAGGUCGUACCCCUCCCAUCCCAGGACGACAUCAACAACGAUAUCUUAGACGACAACGUAAGGGAGGAUGACGGAAUCAACAAUUUUGAUGAAGAAACAAUAGAAAAUGAACACGAUACCAACUUUGUAGCUCACCAUAUGGACGACAAACACAUGUUCCAACAGCCUGUUGGGAAGGUAGGCGUACACAUUGGAACUGCCACAGGAAGCAUUUUCGGGAUUGCCAUCGGAAGUGUCGCCGUGUUUGUCAUCAUUGUUGUUGCCGUGAUCAUGCUGCGUAAACACUCACAUCGACGCCCAGUCACUCACGGGUUCGUCGAGGUCGACCCGGCAGCAUCACCCGAGGAAAGGCAUGUUGCCAACAUGCAAAUGAACGGCUACGAAAACCCAACAUACCAGUAUUUUGAACUGAAUCAGAACCAAAAUGUAUAGACAAAAGGGCUAUGCAUUCCAAUAGAGACAAAACAAAACGAAAGAAGAAAAACAGAUGAACCUUAUUUUAAAAUUAAUACUGAAAUCAUCUGUGUUAGAUAAAAGCCUCUGACUGCCCUACCUAUAGCUCUGUAAGAAACAUUAGAUUACACUAAUGUUGGAACUUAGAAGUUUUCGAAAGGUUUAACCAUUAUCCAAAAUCAUAAAUUCUUAAUUCUUACGCUGAUUCCUUAACUUGAAUGUUGGCAAUUUUAACAAAGUAGUCGCAAUUUCGAAAACAAAUCCUGCACAUAUUCUGUGAUUUGAGAGCUUCAAAGCGGACACUAGGAUAUUUGGGUUGUUCAGAUUAGCCCGGGUUGACACGAGGGAGUUGGAAUCGUGUAUACAAGCUAAAGAUCUGAUCAUAGCUUUGUGGUUGUCAUAUUGGUUUUUCAUAAAAUACACACGGCUUCAUCCAGAAAAUAUGCCAGUAGCUAUUGGUUAUGUUCAUCGCUUAAGCAGCACUUGGGACUCGAUUUGGAGACAAGUCGGCUCAGACAUUAGAGCAUACAUGUAGCUUCCGACUCAUUUCUUGGGUCUCAUGCAAAUUUCUUUCAGAUACAAAACCAAUCAUUCCAAUUUUGUAUACCAUGUUUUUGUCGGGAAAUUCACCUGACCUUGAGAAAUGAGGAGAUAUUUGUGAUAUUUUUUAAGUCGUACGAGUCAGAAUUUGAACAGUUGUGAUAUGAUACGGAUUUCACAGAACAGUUCCCGAGAUGUUGAAUUUUCCACAUUUACUCAAUCCCCUAAAUUGUGUUGGGAUGGACCUUAUUUCAAUGGACCAUAUAUACCUUAUAAGGAUCAGUCCAUUAUCCUGUUUAGGGAAUGCCAGGAUGAGAUGAUCCUAUGAUAACACAAAUGUUCAAAUUCUUUCAGGUGAACGAAGCUUGUUUUUGACCAAGUGUGGAUUAAAUCGUGAUUUAGCUAGUGUACAUAAGUUUAUGUUAGUCUUUCGUUUCCUUCCAACUUACAGGUUAAAAAACAACACUGUACAUAAUUUUCUUGCUUCGAGAGUCCACUACAACUCUGCCAUCUUUCUUCUUCCUGCUCGUAUUUUGUUUUUGAACAAGUGUAUUAUAAUGUUACAUUUUGUAUUCAAUUGUAAACUUUACAUUUACAUUAAUAUUA